AGGGGGGAAGCAAACGGGAGAGAUUUUGCUGUCGUCUAAAGGCUGAUUGGAAGAGGCAAUCAUUGUAUCUGCGGUUGGAGGAUUAGCGGAGAAACUUUUAUAGCUCCCUUUAGUGAGUGCGUGCGUGCAAACGGAGAAGUCUCUUCUCCAAGGGGAGCAUCCUUUCGGUUGGCAUCAGGUGCAGCUCAGGGAGGGACUUCGAUCAUUUCCCUCAUCUGUGAGCUGAGGGGCGAGGGGAAACGACCCCUCUCCUCUCACUCUUCCUUCCUCAGUUCUGAAAUCGUUCCUUCCCCACCACUGCCGCCUCCCCGUCCCUCCCCUCUCCUUCCCUUCCCCUGCUCUGGAUGAAUGGAAGAGUCUCCGGGGUUUCCUCCUGCACCUCGCUCCGGACCGGAGCAGUGAGGGGACAUCGCUAACCCUCAUCCGUCUCUGUCUCGCUCCAUCCGUUCCCGAGAGGACCUCAGACGGUGCCAUGUGUUUUCAGCCUCUCGCCGCUGCGACCACUUGAUACCACGCAACGCGCAGGGAGAGAGAGGCUUUUGCAAAAUGGAUUUGUUCGAUUUUAAAGGAUUUUUUCUCUAAUAAGGAUCGCAUUGCACACAAAUAUGACUAAAUCCCCUAUUUGGUAAAUCUUUCUUCCCCCCACCCCUCCUCUUUGGAUUCUCUCCCGCCCACCCCCACCCCUUCAGAGGAGCAAGCACGGGGAGCUGAUGACGGACCCAUUAAUCCCUUCUUCAAUGCAUCAAAAGAAGCCGAAGGGCUGGAAGUCGCUGGGCGCGGAGUCCUGCAGGAGAUGUUUCCCUCCGCUCUGGGUUCUGUAUGAAGCUGGGGACUAAGGCUUGGCUCACCCCGCCGCCGCCCGCCGGCACCCGGAGGCGCGGGUCGCCGCCGUACCCGCUGCCGCGAUGCUCCGCUGCCGGCAGUGCUGCCGGGAGCUCGCCGUGAUGGGAUCGAGCCGGCCGUGAUCGGUGGAAGGCGGCGAGGGAGAGAGCGAGCGGGAGGAAGGGCUGCUCCGCUCCGCUGUGUGUGGGCUCCGCGUUUUGGUGUUGUUUUGUUGUUUGUUAUUUUUUCUUUUUUUUUUUUUCUUUUUUUUUUUUUUUUUUUUUUUUUUUUCUUUUUCUUUUCCUACUUCCAUCCUCUCCCUGCCACUGGAAGUCCUCCCGUAUCUAAAUGGAAUUAGAGACCGAAGCCCCUUGUGUAAGGCACAGACAUGACCCAUGGGCGCAGCUUCCUUCACAUCGUAGCAAGUCUAAUCAUCCUACAUUUGUCUGGGGCAACCAAAAAAGGAACAGAAAAGCAGACUACUGCCGAAGGACAGAAACCAGUGCAGUGUGGAACUUGGACAAAAUAUGCAGAAGGAGGCAUCUUCACUUCUCCCAAUUAUCCCAACAAGUAUCCUCCUGACAGAGAGUGUGUCUACAUUAUAGAAGCUGCCCCUAGACAAUGCAUUGAACUACACUUUGAUGAAAAAUAUUCCAUAGAGCCUUCUUGGGAAUGUAAAUUUGACCACAUUGAAGUACGAGAUGGACCUUUUGGCUUUUCUCCAAUCAUUGGACGUUUUUGUGGACAGCAAAAUCCACCUAUGAUAAAAUCCAGUGGCAGAUUUCUGUGGAUUAAAUUUUUUGCUGAUGGUGAGCUGGAAUCUAUGGGGUUUUCUGCUCGAUACAAUUUUACACCUGAUCCAGAUUUUAAGGACCUUGGAGUUUUGAAACCAUUACCAGUUUGUGAGUUUGAAAUGGGAGGACCUGAAGGAAUUGUGGAAUCUGUACAAAUUGUCAAAGAAGGAAAAGCUUCUGAAACUGAAGCAGUAGACUGUAAAUGGUACAUCCGAGCACCACCCCGAUCCAAGAUCUAUUUACGAUUUCUGGACUAUCAAAUGGAGCAUUCCAAUGAAUGCAAAAGAAACUUUGUUGCUGUAUAUGAUGGAAGCAGCUCUGUGGAGGAUUUAAAAGCAAAGUUUUGCAGCACUGUUGCAAAUGAUGUAAUGCUGCGGACAGGUCUUGGAGUAAUCCGUAUGUGGGCAGAUGAAGGCAGUCGAAGCAGCCGAUUCCAGAUGCUCUUCACAUCUUUUCAAGAACCCCCUUGUGAAGCCAACACUUUCUUUUGCCACAGUAAUAUGUGUAUUAAUAAUACAUUGGUCUGCAAUGGACUCCAGAACUGUGUGUAUCCUUGGGACGAAAACCACUGCAAAGAGAAAAGAAAAGCUAAUCUAUUGGACCAACUCACCAAUACCAGUGGAACUAUAAUUGGGGUGACCUCUUGCAUUGUCAUCAUCCUCAUUGUUAUCUCUGUGAUAGUACAGAUCAAGCAGCCUCGUAAAAAAUUUGUCCAAAGGAAAACAGACUUUGAUCAAACAGUGUUCCAGGAGGUGUUUGAGCCUCCUCAUUAUGAGUUAUGCACCCUCAGAGGGACAGGGACUACAGCUGACCUUGCUGAUGUUGCAGAUGACUUUGAAAAUUAUCAUAAACUACGGAGAUCAUCUUCAAAAUGCAUUCAUGACCAUCACUGUGGAUCACAACUGUCUAGCACUAAAGGCAGCCGUAGUAACCUCAGCACAAGAGAUGCUUCUGUCUUGACAGAAAUACAACCCCAGCCUGUAAAACCCCUCAUUCAGCCCGUGAACAGGAGAAAUAUCCUUGUCAUGAAGCAUAGCUACUCACAAGAUGCUGCAGAUGCGUGUGAGAUAGAUGAAAUUGAAGAGGUACCAACCACAAGCCACAGGCUGUCAAGACAUGAUAAAGCUGUUCAGCGGUUCUGCCUCAUUGGGUCUCUAAGCAAACAUGAGUCUGAGUACAACACAACUAGGGUCUAAGAGACAAACCUGAGAGUUCUUGAGAAUAGUGCGCUCCUGGGUGAUUUUGAACAUGCUACAAUGAAAUGUGAAACUAUGGACCUUGGAAACACCAGCUAGAGGUUUUGUGGACUCUGACCAGCUAUUCUCAUAUCAUGAAAAAAUUCAGCAAACAGUGUUGAGUAAAAUCACUAGAAGGCAAUAAGACUUUCAUCAUUAUGCUUAUCAGUCCUUUAUCUUUUUCUAUUUUUCUCUUCUUUUCAUUGCAAGUAAAAUUCCCAAUUUCAGGAACAAUUUAUUAAAAUCAGGUAUUUAGCCGCUCAUAAUCACUUCAAUAGAAAUGUUUGUUGGUAAGCAUCUAGCAAUAUGACUGAAUUUGACAUUGAGAAAAUAAUCUGCAUGUAUGUUACUGAAUAUUUGAGUUGGCAAAAAUCUCUUUAUUAGACACACUGUAAAAAGCAUGCAUUCACAACUGUUGCUGUUACUGUUCCAUUUCUGUGUCAUAUGCUUGCUACUUGUAACUUUUUAUAUAAAGAUACAUAAAAAAAUGUAUAAUAAUUUCCUACCUUGAGUUUUAUGGCAAUGUUUUUCUUUUUACUAAAUUUACAAAUCUUUUAGCAUUCAUGAGUUUAAACUCAAAGCUUAGCUCUUAGGAACAUGAAACUCCGAUACAUCAGAAUCAGCUGCCUCUCAUCCCUUACUUAUUUUGUCUCAAUCUCUUCAGGGUUGAGAAUUCAUAAUACAUAAAGGUGAAAAGGUUUGUGACAAAAUUUUGUUCAGUUCUGCUCUCUUUAACUAAUUUAUUUUUUCUGGCUGUUAUUAGAGAGUUUGCUUCAGUGCAGAAUAACACUUGAUUUUUACCAGUUAUGCAAAUAUUAUGGCUGCACUUCAAUUUUAGAGAUGCAGAGAAGGCAAAACACUAUCUGUAAUUCAAGCCAUAAACGUUAAUAACCAACACUGGAAUCAAACCUUUGACGUUAAUUGAUUAAGGAAAUAUUGUAUACUGAAAGUUCAAAAUUAGGUGUACUUGAAAAAAAAAAAAAAUCAAAUCUGCUGAAGAACU